GUUUAGCCCUACCCGUUAGUCCAACCUUCGAUUCAGGGACAUAUUAAGUCUUUAGUUGUGUUUUUUUGUUAUUUUUCGUCCACAUUUGUUUCCCCUUUUUGCUUCGUUUUCUACUUUAAUACGUACUGGUUUGCUCAUUUCUCUUCUGGUUGAAGCCAGGUGAGAAAUCAUCCAGCAAACCUUUCCAAACAUGGCCACUUCCAUCACUUCAAUGAACCCCAAAGACCGAGAAAAGUUUCUUGAAGAACUCGAAUUUCCCUUCUGCGACGAGGUCAACAAAUAUGAAAAAAUGGCUAAAAUUGGGCAGGGUACUUUUGGUGAAGUAUUUAAAGCACGACACAAAAAGACAAAAAAAAUUGUGGCGCUAAAAAAAGUGUUAAUGGAAAAUGAGAAGGAAGGGUUCCCCAUCACUGCUCUCAGAGAAAUUCGGAUUCUUCAGCUGCUCAAACAUGAGAAUGUUGUGAACCUUAUAGAAAUUUGCCGUACCAAAGUGACUCAGCUCAACAAAUUCAAGUCCACCUUUUACCUGGUGUUUGACUUUUGUGAGCAUGAUCUGGCUGGCUUACUAUCAAACGCCAAUGUCAAAUUUAGUCUGGGAGAAAUAAAGAAAGUCAUGCAGCAGCUUUUGAAUGGGUUAUAUUUUAUCCACAGUAACAAAAUCCUACACAGAGACAUGAAAGCUGCUAAUGUUUUGAUCACCAAAAGUGGUGUCCUGAAGCUGGCUGAUUUUGGUCUGGCAAGAGCAUUCAGCUUGAAUAAAAACAACCAACCAAACAGAUAUACAAACCGUGUCGUUACCCUAUGGUACCGACCACCGGAAUUACUAUUGGGGGAGAGAAAUUACGGACCUCCGGUCGAUAUGUGGGGUGCUGGCUGUAUUAUGGCUGAAAUGUGGACACGAAGCCCAAUUAUGCAGGGCAAUACCGAACAACACCAGUUGACGCUGAUUUGCCAACUGUGUGGUUCCAUUGUCCCAGAACUUUGGCCUGACGUUGAAAAACUCGAACUUUACAACAAAAUGGAGCUACCUAAAGGACAAAAGCGGAAAGUCAAAGAGCGUUUGAAACCUUAUGUUAAAGAUCCUUACGCUUGUGAUCUGUUGGAUAAACUGUUAACGCUGGAUCCUUCGAAGCGAGUUGAUGCCGACGCCGCCCUAAAUCAUGACUUUUUUUGGACGGACCCUAUGCCUUGCGAGCUGUCUAAGAUGCUUGGCCAGCAUGGUCAAAGUAUGUUUGAAUUUCUAGCCCCACCGCGUCGAGCUGGCAGGCCACAACCUCACCCGGCUUUGCCUCAGCCAAAGCCUCACCCAUCUGCUGAUAGCAGUUACCAAGAUCGCGUAUUCUGAUUGAAGUACAGCGAUUCGUCACUGAAAAACAUUUUGUUUUCCCUUAUGAUUCUCUUCCUGCUUCUUUCCCUGCAAUGGAACGACUUUUCCAAGUGGGUUAAUGAUGCUAGCUCGCUCUUUCAAUUUGACUUUCGAUGCCUAUCGAUUUGAAUAUAAAAUUAUUGAACGUGUUGCCAAUGAAA